AUGGUUAGUUUAUCUCAAACUCAUAAUGCAAUUAUCGAACUGUUGGAGUUAAUGCGUUGUGAUAAUUGCACCUCUACUCUUCAUCAGCCAUUCACAACCGGAGUAUGUGAACAUCUGCUUUGUUCUUCAUGUAUUCCAAGCCGAGGUAAUGUAAAGAUUGCAAGUUGCUGUCCGGUUUGCUCUGUUCCCGUACAUGCACGCGAUUUCCAAGUUCAUCCGCAGUUUACAUCACUCGUGUUGGUUGCACGUCGAUUAAAGAAAUUAACUAUGAGUACUUCCCAGGAAGAAACAAAAGAUCCUCGUGAUCUUGUUGCUGAAAAUAAUAUUCCUGAUACAUCUAAAAAUGAGACUGCAAUGCCACAAGUAGUAAUUAAAAGAGCCUAUUCUUCUGCCUCUAAACAAAAACAGUCCGAAGAUAAAGAUUCAAAACGUUCAAUUGGUAUAAGGUAUAAACGUGGUCAUUCCCUGGUCGACAGUAAUAUAAAUAUAUCUACUGUUAGUACAUCUGUAUCUAAUGUUGAUUCAACUGACAAUGAUUCAUGUAUUAAUUACAAACCUCACUAUCCUUCAAAAGAUAAAAUCAAAGCUAAUAAGAAACAACAACCAAAUAAAGUGACUAAAUUAUUGGCUUAUCCAAGCUCUGAUACUCACCAAACAAUAUCAUCAAAUUCUGUCAAUGGGAAUGAAUUAUAUGUUUCUCUUGAUAAAUCGAUUGAAUCACUUCCUAUAGGCAAUGUUGUUGUACAUAACACUAGAAAUGCUCGGAGUAAAAUUGUAUCCAAAGGUGGUAAUGAUAAGAUAGGAUCUCAACAAGUGAUGCCUAGCAAAAUAUCUGUUCCAUUCCCAUUCGCUUCUCCUGAACCUUCUCGCGUAACAGAUCAGUCCACUUUAUCUCCAUCUGAUCCGAUUUCUUUUAAAACAUCUGUCUUUCUUACACAUGUCGAUCUACCAAUAACCAACAAGAGUAAAAUUGCACGUUCAAAAAGUUCAAGUAUCUCAAAGAAGAAUUCUAAGGGCGCCCAAAAUAAUGUUAAGAAAGUCGUUCCUGUUCAGGAUCGCAAAUCGUCUGGAUUUCUCAACUUGGUGCACAAACUAAGACCAAAUAGUAAAGGUGAAAGUCAACUACAUAGAGCAGCAAUUCGUGGUGACACUAAUCAAACAGAAGAGUUACUUGCCGCCGGAUUAUCACCGAAUGUUCGAGACCAUGCUGGUUGGACACCAUUGCACGAAGCUGCAUUACGUGGACACUGUGAAGUCGCUAAGGUUUUGAUCAAAGCUGGAGCUACUGUGGACAUUCCUGGUGGUCCGGAGUUAGAGACUCCUCUACACGAAGCUAUACAAAAUGGACAAGUUAACUUCUGUCAACUGUUGCUUGACCACGGUGCUAAUCCUUUGUUUCCAAAUAAUAACGGGAUAAUUCCAAUACAAUUAGUGGAUAACAGUAUAUGCCAGCUAAAAGAAUUACAAAAUUCAGAUUCUAAACCGUCAAAAUAUAAUUUCAGUCUUAAUGCGUUAUCUGAUAUAAGAGAGAUGUUAAACAAAGCAUCAUUGUCUACUGUUGUAUCAAAUAAAAAUUGUCUGACUAACAAUCAGACUUCAAAUAUUUUAUCAGUUUCUACUGCAACUACUUUUAUUGAAAGGCGACGUCUUCGACCUAUUCUCCUGGGAACUGGUUUGACAAGAACUCAACAAUCAUUGUUCAGUCGUGUUGCCACCAUGAUACAUGCACGCGUGUUCUCAUCGAUUUCACCUGAAGUCACACAUGUCGUGACUGGUGCACUUCAAGAAUUGCCCAGCGAUGUCACUGAGGAAUCCGUUGACAACAACACAAAGAAGAACAAUAAAUCUAAAAGAAAUUCUCGUUCACGCAAAAAUGAUAAUGAAUUACUCAGUUCUAAUGGCCAAGCUACUUGUCCACGCACUUUAAAAUUUCUAAGCGCCGUUUUACAGGGAUGUUGGAUCUUAUCAUUUGAUUGGAUCGAAACCUGUGCUCAUAUAAAGAUGCGUGUCGAAGAAGAAGGUUUUGAAGUAACUGGAUGUAGUACUGCUCCCAUGUCCGGUGCACCUCGUCGAGCACGUCUUGCUCAUGAAGCUGGCUCUUUGGGAUUGUUUCACGGUUUAAGGAUUUGCUUUCUAGGAAAUUUUGUAUAUCCUGUGCCAUCCAGAGAUGAGCUUACUCGAUUAGCACGAUCUGGAGGAGCAAGUGUAGUAUUUAGUCGUGACGUUUGCUCUCCGGUACGACUUGCAAGAUAUGCUGUAGAGUCUCCAAAUAACUCAUCUAUUUGGGAUUUAAAUACCGUAGAAGCGAACAAAGAGUCUGACCAAGAGGCUAAUGAGAAUAUUUCAUUUAUCGAUGAAAUCACCAUGAUUGAUUCAAACAAUCCUUCUUCCUUGCUUGUCUUCUAUGAUCCGGGUGUUUACAACAAAACUAAAAAUGAGUCAUCUAGCAAAUCCAUAUAUGCUGUGGAAGCUGUUACUAAGGCACUUAAUUUAAUCAAACCGAAGAAAUCGGCAAAUACAUUAAACUCAUUACCAAACGAUUUACCACCACCUCUUCAGUCGGUACCAUGCACUUGGCUUUUGGAUUGUGCUGCUGAAUAUCGUUUACUUCCUUUUCCCAAGUGUUAAUUGAUUAUUUGUAAAUAUUUUACACCUCUAUCGAAUCGAUAACUUUAUUUUUAUUUUCUCUAACGAUUAUUUUAAUUU